CAAAGGUCGAAGAAAUAGUCAGUUGUUACUACAUCGUAGACCUAUAUAAUCGAUUUUGCUUCCCAAGAAAAACAAUGAAUCGUUGGAUACUCGUUUUCGCGGCUUUAGCUGCUUUGUCUUCGGCUGCCGAUUCGGGAAAGAAAAUUGUAUGUUACUUUGGUAGUUGGGCCGUUUAUCGGCCUUCUGAUGGCAAAUUCGACAUCUCUUACAUUCAGCCGAAGCUUUGCACCCAUCUGAUCUAUGCUUUCGUCGGCAUCAGUCAGGAAGGCAAGGUCGUAGUUUUGGACGCGUGGCAAGAUCUUCCCGACAAUUCGGGCAAGGACGGCUUCGGUAGAUUCAACAAGCUUCGCGAACAGAGUCCCGAGACCAAAACGCUCAUCGCUAUCGGUGGAUGGAAUGAAGGAUCCGCAAAAUUCUCCGCUGUUGUCGCUGAUCCAACUACUCGCGCAAGAUUCGUCAAAGAUAUCGUUGACUUUGUGAAGAAAUACAAGUUCGAUGGUUUCGAUGUCGAUUGGGAAUAUCCGUGCCAGCGCGAUGGAAAACCAGAGGACAAGCACAACUAUAUAAGCCUGCUGAAAGAACUCAGAACCGAAUUCGAUAAACACGGAUUGAUUCUCAGUGCUGCCGUUGCUGCCGCCGAGUCUUCUGCCUCUCAGUCCUACGAUAUUUCCGCAAUGUCCAAAUAUCUGGACUUUAUCAACAUUAUGGCGUACGAUUUCCAUGGUGCUUGGGAACCAGUCACUGGUCAUAACGCUCCGCUUUAUCCGCGUAAAGAUGAAUCUGAAGACGAUCGUAAGCUCAACGUCGACGCAUCUGUACACUAUUGGUUGCGCAAUGGCUGUCCGCCCGAGAAAUUAAUCCUUGGAGUACCAUUCUACGGUAGGGCCUUUACUCUCGCAGAUACGAAUCAGCAUGGCCUUGGAGCGCCUAUCACUGGACCAGGUACUGCCGGUCCGUACACUCGCGAGGGUGGCAUGCUCGGAUACAAUGAGAUUUGCGAAUCCUUUAAACAGGGUGGCUGGACCGUUGCUCGUCAGGAAGAGCAUCGCACACCGUACGCUUACAAGGGCGAUCAGUGGGUGGGCUACGACGAUGUAACUUCUUUUGCCGAGAAGACCGCUUAUAUCAAUUCCUUGGGUCUCGGUGGCGCGAUGGUGUGGAGUAUUGAGACCGACGACUUCCUCGGCACGUGUGGUGAAAAGUAUCCUCUGCUGAAAACAUUGAAUGCCAGACUUAGGAGACAAGUCCCAAUAGAACUGUCAACCAAGCAACCAUCGCAAACGACACAAUCACCGCGAACGACGCAACCACCAGUGACUGCAUCUCCUAGUGGUAUUUGCAAGAAGGAAGGUUUUGUCCGCGAUCAAAAAGAUUGCAGCAUAUUCUACCGAUGCCUAAAAGUCGAUAGCGGUUAUAAAAUAUACGAAUUCAGUUGUGGAAGUGGACUAGCCUUCGACCCCGAAAUCAACAAUUGUAAUUUCAAAAAUCUCGUUCCUGGAUGCAACUAACAAUAAUAGACGAUAAUAAAUAGUUAUGCUGUAUAUUUCUAUAAUGCUUCUACCUGUUAUACAGCAUGAAAACAUAACAAAUAGAUGUGCUUUUCAUUUUAUGUACUCUGACACACACACAAUAUAUAUAUAAUAUUAUACGAACCCAUUUCUCCUUUCUUUUUCUUUCUAACAAUAUAUAAUUAACAUUUAUUUGUAUGUAUAUUUGCAAUAAAGUUCAUAAGAGUCAUUA